AGCGCACGCUCGCUAUUGUGAACACUCUAUAGUUCGAACACCCCAUAAUGUGAACAGACUUUUUUAUGCAUUGACUACUCUAUAAUGUGAACAAACCCAAAAGGCUCUAUAAUAUGAACAAAAGACGUUAAAGUAUUUGAAUGUGGUUUACACAGAUCUCAGCUAAUUCUGAAUUUGGGGAAUCCCCUAAUUGUAGAAUAAGACUCUGAUUUGUAUUGCAUGUACUGCGUAGAAUGCUUCAGUUGCAAUUUUGUAUUCGCGUGGAGUGUUUCGUUUUAGAUUUUCUGUUAAAAAUGAAUUCUAAAAAACACACGUUUUUGACAUUGAAGCAAAAAGCUGAUAUUCUCGAUUCUUUAAAAAGAGGCUCAUCUAUGACGUUCUUAGCAAAGAAAUAUAAUGUUGCUAAAUCAACAAUUUGUGGAAUCAAAGCAAAAAAAAAGUGAUUUUAAUGUUCGUGAACAACACAUACUCGGGACCUGGACAAAGAAGAACUCUGCGUCCUUCAGAGCUGCCCAAAAUGGCGAAAGCUCUUUAUCGUUGGUUUAUCAAAAUGCGGAAUAAAAACUGUCCAGUAAGUGCCUUAAUGUUGAAAGAAAAGGCCAAAGUACUGCAUGCACAAGGAAAGGAAAAUGAAUCUAACUUCAACGCUAGUGAUGGAUGGCUUCAAGGAUUUAAAAAAAGGUACGGUAUUCGACUGCUGCAAAUAUCAGGCGAAAAACUAUCUUCGCUGCCUCAGCUCGUGGAUCCAUUUAAGGAAAAACUUAGAGCUAAAAUGGCCGAACUGGAGCUGUGUAACGACCAGUUAUAUAAUGCUGAUGAGUCAGGCUUAUUCUGGAAACUUCUGCCAGAAAAAACGUACGUGUCCAGCAUGGAAAAGAGAGCCCCAGGCGUUAAGUCGGAAAAGCAGCGAAUCACGUUUUUAUGUUGCUCAAACGCCACUGGAUCUCAUAAACUGAAACUUUUGGUAAUUGGAAAGGCAAAGAAUGUACGCUGCUUUAAAAACUUUCAAUGGCCCACAGACUAUAAGAGCUCAAAAUCCGCCUGGAUAUCGUCGGCUGUUUUCAAGGAAUGGUUUCAUGAGUCCUUCGUUCUAUAGGUGAGGAUUUAUUGUAUUUUGUUAAAGGAGAAAGGUUUGCCAAUUAAAGCUCUACUCCUAAUCGACAACGCUCCUUCUCACCCAAAUGAAGCUCAGCUGGCAACGGAGGAUGGACAAAUUUUGGCAAUGUUUAUGCCACCAAACGUUACUCCCCUCAUCCAACCAAUGGAUCAAAAUGCCAUAAAGAUCACAAAGUUGCAUUACAGAAACAGCCUUUUAGCCUCAAUAGCAGCUACAAACUCCAAUUUUCGAUGAAAAAAAUUACUUUACGAAGAGCUAUAAAUCUUUUGGAUGUCGCUUGGAGUCGUGUCAGCGAAGUAACAUUAGCUAAUUGCUGGAAAAAUAUUUUAAAUUUUACGGCAGAUGAUGACGAUCCCGAAGAUAGUGUUCCGCUCGCAGUUUUAAAAGAAAAAAUGGGGAGCUGAACUUCGCGCCUUGAUGAGCAAUACCGUCGAUCUCCUUAACAGUUUGAAUGCUGAGGCUGAAUUAACGCUACCAGGCGUUCAUGAAUGGAACGAAUUGAAGGUGAUAAUGCAAAUGACGAGCAUGAAGAAGAAGACGAUUCCGAUGAAGGCAGCGUAUCGGAGGUAGAGGAGAGAAUUAAGCGGACUGAAGCAGUUGAAAUUUUCAACAAGGCGAUAAGGUGGGCUGGUCAUGAAGACGUCGAUCCAAAUGAUGUAAAUGUACUAAGACGUCUAAGAGAUAAAGCUGUGCUCCAACUUUUAGAAACGCAGAAGAUACAGAAAAGGAUGACUGAUUUUUUCAAAUAAAACCUAGAUUUUGUAUAAUAUGUGUUACGUAAAAAUGUAUAUGUAAUGAAAACAUGAAUAAAAUGUGAAUUCCAAUAUAUAAAUACGUACUAUCCUAUUCUGUUGGAGCAUUCCAUAAUGUGAACACUUUCGAUAAUGUGAACUGCCUUGGUUUUAAUUAGGUCAGAUUAUCAAGCGUGCGCUGUAUGUAUA